CCGCUGCGACGUACGGAAAAGAUGCGGCGGCCAUUUUACAUUAUCGGUGUUUCCCCGUGUGUGCGUGCGUGUGUACAGUGUGUGACUACCGAAAUUCGCGGCGCGUAUACUUGUUAAUCGAGGCGACACGUAAGGAUCGCUCGAGCGUCUCUUCGAUUGUAAUAAGUCACUCCGACAAUCUCGCGGGAAGAUGGGACGCAAGAAGAAGAAGCAAUCGAGGCCCUGGUGUUGGUAUUGCAAUCGCGAAUUUGAAGAUGAGAAGAUUCUUAUUCAACAUCAAAAGGCAAAACACUUUAAAUGUCAUAUCUGUCACAAGAAACUAUAUACGGGACCAGGGCUUAGUAUACACUGCAUGCAGGUUCAUAAAGAGGCAAUCGACAAGGUACCCAAUUCAUUGCCAAAUCGUAGCAAUAUUGAGAUAGAAAUUUAUGGAAUGGAAGGCAUACCGCCAAAUGACGCAAAGGAACAUGAGAGGCAACGAAACGGUGGUAGACCAGGCACACCAUCGUCCGGUGAGGAUGAACCCGUACAGAAGAAAGCGAAACCGGAAGGUCUGCUGGGUUCCGCACCAGGUGCGAUGGCCGGUAUGGCAACUGGAUUACCUGGAAUGCCGCCGCAACCUGGUAUGCCACCAUUGCCUGGUAUGGCGCCACAUCCUGGCAUGGCACCGCAUCCUGGCAUGCCACCGCAUCCCGGUAUGCCUCCUAUGCAUCCUAUGAUGCAGAUGGGCCAUGUAGGACCUCCGUUUAUGGGCCCAGGCAUGAUGCCUGGCAUGUCGGGCAUGCCUUCUGGUAUGCAACCGCCAGUUUCGGGUGCAUCAAUGCCGCCGUCGCGCCCACUGUUCCCUAGUGCUGCUGUAUCAACAGUGGCAUCGACGGCUGCGUCGGUCGCCGGUUCCGCACCUCUGGGCACGGACUUUAAGCCGAUCACAUCUGUGGCCAGCGGUGGCGGUUCUAUAGGGCCGGUGAAGCCGACAUUCCCCGCUUACAGUAGCGCCAGCGAAACUGUCGGCGUUUCCGGAGCAAACAGCCUCUCUGGUGGCGAUCAAAAAGUAAAUCUUAUCGCAACUACCGGAGCCGCCAGUAAAAUCAUUCACCCUCCGGAGGAUCUCAGUUUAGAGGAGAUUAGGGCAAGGCUGCCUAAGUAUCAACGUCGACAGAACGAUGAGUCCGGACGGUCGGCGCAAUCGGAGGCAGCUGCGGCUGCGGUUGCGGCGGCGGCUGCAGCAGCAGCUGCGGCAAGUCAGCAACAGCAAGCCGUCGCGUUGCAACAAGCGGCAGUGCAGCAGCAGCAAGCAGUGCAACAGCAACAACAACAAGUGCAACAACAGCAGCAACAGGCGGCUAACGUGGCAGCGGCCGCGUUUCAAGCGGAUCAACAGCAGCGACAGCAACAGGCGGCAUUGAACGCGCUGCAGCAACAGCAACAGAGGUUCCCGCGACCGCCGCAGGCUGUUAUGGUGCCGGCCUCGGCGGCGGCGAUGCCGGUCAGUUCUGUUGCGCUGAUGGCGCCUUUAAUGCGACCCACCAUGACCCUGGCCGCGCCUGCUCUCAUUCAUGGAGGUAACAUGAUGCGACCGCCCCCCAUGGGCCUGCCACCAGGCAUGAUAGGAGCAUUACCACCAGGCGCCGCGAUGCAUCCGGCCUUUGCCGCCGCGCCGAUGGGUUUUCCCGGGCCGAUGUUGGCGCCGAUGAUGCAUCCGCGCUUCAGAUGAUCGCCCCCUAUGGACGGGCCCAACCCGCCGCCGCUGCACUUCGUGCUGUGGGCCCGCCCCUAAUUUUCGUAGGGUCUGGACCUGAUUGAUGAGGAAGGGAUAGACAAAAUCACACAUACACGAACCAGAAAGGGAGAAAGAGAGAGAGAGAGAGAGAGAGAGAGAGAGAAAAAACGGGAAAUUUACACCGUAAAACUUGCACUCUCUCACAGUUUUUUUUUAUUUUAUUUUAUUUUAUUGUUGAAUGAAACAAAACGAUAGAGGGAGAAAAAAGAAAGAAUGAAAUAGAGAGAGAGAGAGGAGAGAGAGAUAGGAACACGUAUGUCAUCGGUGCCUGAGAGGAUUCUUUCGAAGAAAUCGAAUGCGCGUUGGAAACGGUCGGCUUUUUCAUCGCCUUCUUCUUCUUUUUAUGCUACUACAAAAAAACAAAAAAAGAGAAAUACAAACACGAAAUACACUAAUUGUUUGCAUCUACUGCGAAUAUGUGCGCGUCACGCUGCGUUGGUCGUAAGUGUCAGGUGAGCCAACAAGUAUGAGCAAAUUUCAUCGCCGUUUUUUCUACGGAAUGAAACUAAAAUAAUACUCGUCGCUCUGUAAUAAUACAUCGUCGUUCGCGCUGCGUGAAAACGCCAGUGCGAAUCGACUAUCUUAUCUAUUUA